AUGAUGCCUCCUCCUGAUCGCAUUAAUUAUGCUGAAAUGAAAGUUUAAAGGAUUCAAAUUCCUGUUUAAGUUGCUGUACUUAAGCCAGUGUAUGUUGAUUGUCCUUAUCCAUCCUAUGUGUUUGUUGAAGGUGAAAGCCAUGCCAAGUAAUUGGAAAGGCAAUACGGAAAUUGGAAACAAUUCUUAAAUGAGCCUCAAUUAAAGACUUAAAUUAUGCAGUUAUUUAGUGAUAGUGAUGACUCUGAUUCUGAAAAGGAAAAAAAGAAAAAAAAGAAAGUCAAAUCAUCUAAAACAAAAACAAUAGUCAAUACAAAGUCAUCCAAAGAAAUAAAAGGAACUUAAGAAUAGCAAUAAUAGGUUUAGUAAUAGUAAAGUCAGCCUUAACAAUUUAAUUAAACAUAUAAUUAAAUUGAUUAGAAUAACAAUUAUGUUAGACCACCUAUUUAGUUGGAUGAUCGAGGAGCUACUUUUUAAAAACAAUAUGGCAAUCAAACUCAAUUGUCAAGAACACAAACAUAGAAUUUCCCAGCAUUGAAUAUUCUCCAAACCAGAAAUGAAAUCAUUCCAAAUAAUUCUUCAAAUGUCUCAAGGGGAAGAUAAGAUCUCUAAAAUUAUAAGACAUUCCUUUAAAAAUCAUAAUAAACCCUUUUACCUGCAGGAGAGGCUGGCAAAUCUAGAUAUGAAUAUUAGAAUAUCUGA